AUGCCAAGAAAAAAUCGAACUGGCUGUGAGUUAACACCACGCGAAUGUGAUUUAUUAUCUGCAAAUGCUAAACUUAACGAAGAAGAAAUUCAACGAUGGCAUGCAGACUUUCUCCGUGAGUAUCCAUCUGGUCAAUUGGACAAGAAAUCAUUCAUCGAUUAUUAUGCGAAGGUGCAUCCUCAAGAACAAGGGAAUGUUGAAGAUUUAUUUGAUCGAAUUGAUGUAAAUGAGGAUGGUACGAUUGAUUUUAACGAACUUUUGGCGUUGAUUGCUAUUCGCAAUCAAUUGGGAAGUUUAGAAAAGAGACUUGAAUUUGUGUUUGAUUUAUGGGAUGAUUCGGAAGAUGGAAAAAUCGACAAGAAAGAACUGACGAAUUUGAUAUCCGCCAUGUACGAUCGUGCUGGUAUUACAGAACAAAAAGGCGAUUGGGAUCCGAAGAAACGUGCAAAAGAAAUCAUUGCUAAAUUAGAUAUGAGUGGUGACAAAAAAUUAAGCAAAGAAGAAUUUGUGACUGGAUGUAUGAAUGAUCCAGUUAUUUGCAAGUUAUUACUCCCUCGUUCGUCUUAA